AUGCGACGAGACGAGACCUACUUGCCGCAGCCUCCGGGUAGUACAGCACGUCCCCGGUAUCUCGAAGCCAACUCGCAUGUGGAAGACCCCCAGUCGCCGGACCUCAUCAGCGAGGAUGAGUAUCGCUCUCUGGAAUUCUUCCACCAGAAUACAACCCAGGCGUUCACCGCAGAUAUCGGCGUUCUGCUACUUCGCGUGGCGUACCACCAGCCCAUUUUGAGGAGCAUCGCCGUCGCCUUGGGCUCUCUCCAUCGGUCCUUUGUCCUCCAUGGGAGAGGCCCUCUGGCAAACAGCACCGACGCGCAAUUUAUGCUGCUUCACUACAAUAGAGCCAUACGAGAGUUGGUGUCAAUACAGCCUGAGACAGCGCAGCGAGACGAAACGUUCCUGAUUGCCUGUAUCUUCUUCUUCUGCUUCGAGUGCCUUCGAGGCGAGUACAAGAACGCCGUGUGA